CUUUAUAAUCUUGAACGACCACCUGAUCCCGAUCAAAAUUUAGGAUGUUUACAGGUAAAGUAGCACUAAUUACAGGUGCGGCUCAGGGUCUGGGAAAAUCGUUUGCUUCAGCACUGUUACAGAAACAGUGCAAGGUUUGUGUUGCUGACAUCAAUGAAGAAAAAUUGCAAGCAACUGUCAGAGAAUUCCAGGAUAUCUAUGGAGAAAAUUACGUAGUGUCUGCCAAGUGUGACGUCACGAAGGAACUUGAUUUUGAAGAAACUUUCAAGCGAGCGAAAGCAGUCUUUAAUCAGAUAGACAUUGUGGUGAACAAUGCCGGAGUGGUUGAUGAGCGGAACUGGGAGAGAUGCUUAGAUAUCAACCUGGCUGGGGUCAUCAGAGGAACUCUUCUUGGCCUUAGAUAUAUGAGGAAAGAUCUAGGCGGUACUGGGGGCACGAUAGUCAAUGUUUCGUCGAUGGCAGGUAUUUACCCAGCAGAGUUCUCCCCCGUCUAUUGUGCCAGUAAACAUGGUGUGGUUGGAUACACAAGAAGCUGGGCGAUUCAUCCAGAAGUUGAAAAGAAUGGUGUUCGCCUUCUCUGUCUAUGUCCCUCAUUUGCUAAAACGGACAUCCUGGAUUACCAGCCCGAGUCGUCGAAGGACCUGGAACUGGUUCAGAAGUCCAUGAAGACUAUUGGUAUGAUGAGGGUGGAAGAAGUAUCGGAUGCUUUCAUAAAACUUUUAGAAGAUUCAGACAAUAACGGAAGUGUCAUGUCAGUUACAAAGCAGGGCACAAGGUACUGGAAAAUGCCAGCUCCGAAAUUUUAAAUUCACAUACAUAUGUACUGUAAAUGGCGUAGUGAAUAUUGUAUUUCGAGCACAGUGUACUUUCAAAUGUCCAAUAAAUGAUUACUAAUUUUUUAAUAGUGUGUAAUCUAAAUUGUAAAAUAAAUAAUCAUCUUUUCAUUUAUGUUAAUGGCAUGGUAUCAAAAUACUUACAAAAUAGUAUAUA